AUGGCUACUACUGCGGCGUGUUCAUGGAGUAUAUUGGUAUCGGUAAUGGCGGUGCUGGUAAUAUUGCCAUCGCCAGGGACGUGCUUUGACAUAACAAAGCUACUAUCGCGAUACCCGACAUUCAGCAGCUUCAGCAACUAUUUGGCGCAGACACAGUUGGCAGAGGAGGUGAACAAGAGGGCAGCCAUAACGGUGUUGGCGGUGGACAAUGCCGGGAUAGCGCCCUUGUCGGGGAAAUCCAUGGACCUCAUAAAGAAGCUCUUGAGCCUGCACGUCAUACUUGACUACUUUGACGUCCAGAAGUUCCAGCAUAUUGGGAACAGAACCGUCACCGCCACCACUCUCUUCCAAACAACAGGCCAAGCCCAAGACAUGCAGGGAUUCUUGCAGAUUACCAACGUUGCCACCGGGGGGGCCGUCAUCUUUACCUCCGCCUCCGACCUAAAAGCUCCAGGCGUCAAUCUCAUCAAAGCCAUUGCCGCACAACCUUACAACAUAUCGGUGGUGCAAGUUAGCACCAUCCUCAUGCCCCCCAGUAUCACCGGAGAUGGAACUGGAAAUAGUGGAAACGGAAACGGAACUGCAAAUGCCACCUCUCCAACCCAACCUGUCAUCCCCGUUCCUGUUAAUCCUCCCGCAGUGUCACCAGUUCCACCUAAAUUUCCCGCCCCGGUUCCAGUUCAGUCCCCCGUGCCUGUAGUUUCCCCAGUUCCAGUCAAGUCUCCGGUGCCUGUUUUGUCUCCUGUCCCAGUAGUGUCGCCGGUGCCUGUUUUGUCUCCUGUCCCAGUAGUGUCGCCGGUGCCGGUGGUUGCACCGGUUCCAGAAAAGUCCCUCGUGCCCGUAGUGUCUCCAGUGCCGGUGGUCGCACCGGUUCCAGUGAAUUCCCCGGUUCCGGUAGCAUCUCCCGUUCCCGUAGUAUCACCAGUUCCGGUAGUGUCACCAGUGCCGGUAGUCUCACCAGUUCCGGUAGUGUCACCAGUCCCGGUAGUGUCACCGGUGCCGGUAGCAUCGCCCGUUCCAGCAGUGUCCCCAAUUCCCGUAUCAUCGCCCGUGCCAACAGUGUCACCGGUUCCAGUAGUAUCGCCUGUUCCCGUGGUGUCACCAGUGCCAGUAGCUUCGCCGGCUCCAGUAACAUCGCCAGCUCCAGAAGUAUCACCGGCAGCUGUGAUGCCUAAGCCUGUGGCCCCAAGUCCUUCAGAAGAUGAGGGAAAUAAUGGUUCUAAUUCGGGGGUAGCUUUUGAUGGUGUGAAUAUGGCUUUGUCAAUUGCCCUUACUUUGUUUGGUAUCUAUCUCUCUCACUAUACAUAUUGA